AUGCUUAAGAAAAAUGUGUCUGUGAGAUCUCGCUGUAGAAGUCAGCCCUGGGAAAGAGGGGCCAAAGCCAGCCAAGUGAGAAAAGGGCAAAGGGUGGAUCCAGAGUGCAAACCAUCUUUUAUGGCCAGAGGGUAUCCUUGGUCUGGAUUAGCUGGCUCCUCUGCACUCCACGAGGAAGCAAUAUCAGAGGUGAAGCCACAACCAAAGCAUGCCCUUGGAAGUGAGACGUCACACGUUGGGGUGCUAAACGUGGCCUCUGACUGGCAGCUGGCCUGCCUUGCCUCUCUCCUGGAAGUGCUGGCUGGACACUGUACCACUCUAGUAAAGCGUUUGAUAAGGCCUCUUGUCCCAACUUUCCCCCGUCUGUGUCAUGCUGGACCCCAGCUGAAUGCACAACUAGAAGGCUGGCUUUCUCAAGUACAGUCCACAAAAAGACCUGCUAGAGCCAUUAUUGCACCCCAUGCAGGGUAUACCUAUUGUGGAUCCUGUGCAGCCCAUGCUUACAAACAAGUGGAUCCUAAUAUUACCCGAAAAAUUUUCAUUCUUGGGCCUUCCCAUCACGUGCCCCUUUCCCGAUGUGCACUUUCGAGUGUGGACAUUUAUAGAACACCUCUGUAUGAUCUCCGAAUUGACCAAAAAAUUUAUGGAGAACUGUGGAAGACUGGAAUGUUUGAGCGUAUGUCCCUACAGACAGAUGAAGAUGAACACAGUAUUGAAAUGCAUUUGCCUUACACUGCUAAAGCCAUGGAAAGCCAUAAGGAUGAGUUUACUAUUAUUCCUGUGUUGGUCGGAGCACUGAGUGAGUCAAAAGAGCAGGAAUUUGGAAAACUCUUCAGUAAAUACCUAGCUGAUCCUAGUAACCUCUUUGUGGUUUCUUCUGACUUUUGCCAUUGGGGUCAGAGGUUCCGUUACAGUUACUAUGAUGAAUCCCAAGGAGAAAUUUAUAGAUCCAUUGAGCACCUAGAUAAAAUGGGUAUGAGCAUUAUAGAGCAGCUAGAUCCUGUAUCUUUUAGCAACUACUUGAAGAAGUACCAUAAUACAAUAUGUGGAAGACAUCCUAUUGGCGUAUUAUUAAACGCUAUCAAUGAGCUCCAGAAGAACGGAAUGAACAUGAGCUUUUCAUUUUUGAAUUACGCUCAGUCCAGCCAGUGUCGGAACUGGCAAGACAGCUCAGUGAGCUACGCAGCCGGGGCGCUUAUGGUCCACUGACCCACCGAUCGCUCAGGGAGGGCACCUGCACACGCGCUCCGGACGGGGCCCGGCCCAGCCCUUGCAAAGAUACAGUCCCUGCUCUUUGGGUGUACCGAAACCUCAAACUAAUAGAACUCUUCUUUUCUAGUAGGUGUAGUCCUUCCUUAGUUUCGACUCAUUUAAUAAAUGCUUUCUUGUUUAGGACAAUGGAAAGAAGGCUGGUAUCAAAACCUUUUGUGAUUUAUUUUUUUGUUUGUUUGUUUUUUUAAAAGGUAAUGGCUAUGAAGGCAUGGUGGCAGACAGUCCUUACAAAUAGAACAUGUAAAGCAUUUACCGUAUCCUAAAUUUGCACUCUUUGCAGACCUGUGCACAUGUACUCAGCUUUCAGAAUAGUUUUGCAAGUUGUAAAUGGAAAAAAGGGUGGAAGCUUUUUAAUAAAAGAAAAAGAAGGAAAACCACGCAUUUAUAAAUGAUCCUGUAUUAGAAUAUAAUAAAACUCCAGUAUAGUCAGUUACUACCCGUGAUGUACAACAGAUAUCUUCUAUUUUAGUUGCUAAUAAAGGGCUACACAAACCAAAA